CGCAGUCUUCCUUGGUUUUUGGUUUUGGUUUCGGUUUGUGUUGGUUCUGAAGACAUAAACCGGUUUUUCGGUUACGCAGAUGAAGAGGCCCAAGUGGAAGUGAACGACAAUCCAAUAGAGGAAGUCCGGUUAACCGUACCCAUAACCGACGAUCCGACAGAACCAGUUCUGACAUUCAGGACAUGGACAUUGGGGAUCAUCUCCUGCGUGGCACUUGCCUUUGUGAACGAAUUCUUCUCGUUCCGUACAAACUCGCUCACGGUUAGCGCUGUAUCGGCUCAGAUCAUUACUCUACCGAUCGGAAGGCUCAUGGCCGCGACUCUGCCGAAGAGGAAGUUCGGGUUCCCGGGAACAAACUGGAAAUGGUCACUAAACCCAGGACCCUUCAGCAUGAAAGAACAUGCCCUCAUCACCAUUUUCGCAAGCUCUGGUUCUGGAGGAGCUUAUGCUACAUACAUUGUCGCCAUUGUAAAGGCCUUUUACCAUCAAGCGCUCAAUCCCGUGGCCGCCAUGUUGCUCGUGCAAACCACUCAGCUUUUGGGAUAUGGGUGGGCUGGUAUGUUCAGGAAAUACCUGGUGGACUCGCCAUAUAUGUGGUGGCCUUCCAAUCUGGUUCAAGUCUCUCUCUUCAGAGUGUUGCAUGAGAAGGAGGAGAUCCGUAAAGGCCAGAGGACGAGGCUUCAGUUCUUCCUCAUCGUCUUCUUCGCUAGCUUCGUUUACUACAUCGUCCCUGGCUACCUCUUUCCAUCCAUAUCGGCUCUUUCCUUUGUUUGCUGGAUAUGGAAGAAUUCUGUGACUGCCCAGCAGAUCGGCUCAGGGCUGAACGGCCUUGGCAUUGGAUCAUUUGGCCUCGAUUGGUCCACUGUCGCCUCUUUCUUAGACAGUCCUUUGGCUGUUCCUUUCUUCGCCAUUGUCAAUUUCUUUGUCGGUUUCUUCAUCUUCUUGUACAUGGUCGUCCCUUUCUUCUACUGGGGCAACAUCUACGAUGCAAAGAAGUUCCCGCUAUAUGGUUCAAAAGUCUUUGGUCAAAACGGGGAUAAAUACGAGAUCAAACGGAUCCUCGAUGAGAAAACAUUCGAUAUCGAUUUACCCGCCUAUGAAAGCUACAGCAAGCUCUAUAUGUCAGUUAGCUUCGCCUUGGUCUAUGGAAUUAGCUUUGCCACUCUGACUGCCACCAUUUCUCAUGUUGCCCUCUAUGAUGGAAAGUUUAUUUGGGAUAUGUGGAGGAAGACUUCAUCGGCGGCCAAGGACGCAUUCGGAGAUGUGCACACAAGAUUGAUGAAAAGGAACUACAAAGCAGUACCUCAAUGGUGGUUCAUAGUCAUUUUGGUCAUAUCAUUUGCACUUUCCCUCUAUGCUUGUGAAGGCUUUAAUAAACAGCUUCAGCUCCCAUGGUGGGGACUUGUCCUUGCAUGUACCAUCGCCUUGUUCUUCACCCUACCUAUUGGAGUAAUCCAGGCAACAACGAACCAGCAAAUGGGUCUAAACGUGAUUACCGAGUUGAUCAUCGGGUUCCUCUACCCAGGAAAGCCUCUGGCGAAUGUAACCUUCAAGACCUAUGGCUAUAUAAGUAUGGCCCAAGCGCUAAGCUUCCUCGGGGACUUCAAACUGGGCCAUUACAUGAAGAUUCCACCGAGAUCUAUGUUCAUUGUUCAGUUGGUCUCCACUAUUAUUGCAUCAACCGUCAGCUUUGCAACCACAUGGUGGCUCAUCACAAGCGUCAAGGACAUUUGUCAACAAGACUUGCUUCCCAAAGGUAGCCUGUGGACAUGUCCAGGCCAUACGGUCUUUUACAAUGCUUCGAUCAUAUGGGGAGUCAUCGGUCCAGGAAGAAUGUUCACAACGAAAGGUGUCUACCCUGAGUUGAACUGGUUCUUCCUCAUAGGCCUCCUCUCCCCCGUUCCCGGCUGGUUCCUGUCAAGAAAGUAUCCCGAAAAGAAAUGGAUCAAGAAUAUCCACAUGCCCUUGAUUUUUUCAGGGACGAGCGCAGUACCAUCGGCAAAAGCCGUGCAUUAUUGGUCUUGGUUUGUUGUUGGGGUUAUAUUCAACUAUUACGUAUUCAGGAGGUUCAAGGAAUGGUGGGCAAGACACACCUACAUUCUGUCUGCGGCUCUGGACGCAGGCACUGCAUUCAUGGCUGUAGCCAUCUUCUUUGGACUGCAAAACUAUAACAUUAAUAUGCCCGAUUGGUGGGGACUUGACAGCACUGACCACUGUCCUUUGGCAAGAUGUCCAACUGCCAAAGGAGUGGUUGCCGAGGGUUGUCCGGUGUUCUAAGGAAUCGAAAGAAAGGUUCUCAUGGAUCGAAAAGGUUGCUCCAAGUUUCGAGCCAUGAAGGUAUGAUUGGUUACUCUCCUCUUCUUACAAGCUCUACACAAAUCUGAGACGUUUUAUUGCUGGUUAAUUUAAAUGCUUGAUAAUAAUAACGCUUUGAACAUUAUCAUUAAGAAGUGAUUGAUUCACAUGUAAUGUAAUUAGAGUAUUUGUUUUCACUCGUUGUUUAAAUACAUAGUUUCCAACUUACGCUGAUUAGUAAAAAGAAACGCUGACAUGAUUUGGCAUGUAAUUCAGAUAUUGGUUCAAAAUACCAACCAACAUCGUAGGGUGCCUAUCUUUAUCCUUUGCUAAAGCCUAGAGCUCUUUGUUGUCUAACUAAAAACAAAACAGCAAAGAUGAGAAAAAUUAGAAGCUAGAACACAGCAAUAUAGUCACAAGAAACCACGACACUUCAAUGUAAGGAAACCACAAAGCUCAAGAUCAUCAAACCUUUCGUUCAUGCGGAAGUAAACGUAUCUGACGGUGCUGAAGGUUGUCUUUUGUUCUCACAAUGCUGUAAAUACUAUCUUUAAGAAGUGGUUGAUUCAUAGACAAUGUAAAUAAUAGAUUUUGCUUCAGUCCCU